AUCAAAACAGUGAGGUGAUAAGAGUGUCCCAUGUUGGGGAGGGGGGAAGCCUUGUAUGCUCCCUUGAUGGUGGUAUAAACAAGAUCCAGAGUCUUGUUUUCUCUUGUUGGGAAGUCAACAUGUUGAUACAUGUUUGGCAUGAAUGUGGAGUCAUAUUGAACAAAAACGCUUCCAUGGAAAACCCCAGAUGAUACAGAUAUUUCUGUAGCCACACCUCCAGGGACAUGUACCUUCCUUCAGACUCUCUGAGUUAUUUCAGUUUCAGCAGAUUUCAUGAAGCUCUAAUCCAAGAUGUAUGUGACCCUCAAAAGAUGGAGUCUGCUGCCCUUUGCCACCAUCCUCCUGUCCAUCCAUCCCACACUAACUGAAGUGGUGACUUCAAUGGCUGACUGUCGUGGGUUUCUUCUUCAGGAAAAAACACCAAAUGUCCCCGACGUCUUGGAGAACGGGAGGAUCAUGGACCAGAACCGAUAUAAAGUCAUUUGCCAGACCUUCGAGAACGAGCGUCGUUUCGUGACGCUCUACGACACCCGCAACAAGAUACCAGUGUUUUCUGCUUUCAAGUACAGAGGGAAAGAGGAGAGGGAAGGAAAAGAGACAAGACCACCUUGGAUGAUCGAGCCAGAGCUCGAGCCGACCAUCAACAUGAGGAUUGAUAAAAACCAAAACCAAAACCAAAACCAGGCCAGUAACUCUGAUUAUUUCUCCAUGGAAAAAAUAUAUAAUAGGGGCCAUUUAUUUCCAAUGAGUUAUGGAUUUGAUGCAAAUGACAGAGACUCCACAUUCACUUUGACAAACAUUGUUCCACAAGUGAAGACUUUCAAUGGUGGCAGCUGGGCAAAAAUGGAAGACUGUGUCAAAUGCUUCCUGAAAGAACAGUGCAUCAACAGUAAUAAUGUCCUCGAAGGCUUUGUAGUGACCGGGGCAAUGCCCGGCAACACCCAACUAAACAACAGGGUGAAUAUACCAUCCCUUCUCUGGUCAGCAUUCUGCUGUUACAAUCACACAAAGAAGAAGUGGCUGGCGGCUGCACACUGGGGCAACAAUGAUCCAGGAGAACUUCAUUCCAAAACCCUUGAGGCAAAGACUUUGGCCCAACUUCGUCUACAAGUCGGAUUUGAGGUGUUUCCUAGAACAAAGUGUCCUCUUCAUGAAAAUGCUCUAAAAGAGGAAAAAGGUAGAAGAAGUAGAAGAAGUAUUUCUGCUUUUUCUGCUUCUUCUUUUUGCCAAUGUCCUCCCCAAACUUCAACCACAUCUGCCCCUCCCACAACCACAACUAGCUUCCCCUCUUCCACCGUCUCUACAUCCUUGAGUACCACUUUAUCUACAACUACAGACAAAACAACAACAGUCCCUACAACCACAACAACCACAACCACCACAACAACAACAACAACUACAACUGCAAAGAAAAAUAAAGAUCAUCCUGACGAUAACAAGGGUGGUGAAGGAGGAGGUGGUGGAGGAGGAGGUGGUGGAGGAGGAGGUGCUAUAGGUGCUUUAGGAGGUGCUAUAGGUGCUUUAGGAGGUGCUUUAGGUGCUUUAGGAGGAAGUGGUUUAGGAAGAGGUGGAGGAGGUGGUGGAGGAAGAGACCUCAACGUCCUUCAUUCCUGCAACCACUGA